AAGAGUAUCAUUAGGAGAGAAAGUGAUAUUCAUAUCACUUCUGCAGCUGAUCAAAUGGUAAUGAUGAGUCGACAGAACAACUCAUUUGGUCAACUUCCUGGGAUGACAACUUUGAACACAAUCACACCUUGUGCUGCAUGUAAGCUCUUGAGAAGAAGAUGUGCUGAAGAAUGCCCUUUCUCUCCCUAUUUCUCCCCACAUGAACCUCACAAAUUUGCAUCUGUCCACAAAGUCUUUGGUGCAAGCAAUGUCUCCAAGUUGCUAAUGGAGGUGCCAGAAAACCAAAGAGCUGAUGCUGCAAAUAGUCUGGUUUAUGAAGCAAACCUGAGGAUAAGAGACCCUGUGUACGGAUGCAUGGGUGUAAUUUCAGACUUGCAGCAAAAAGUUCAGUCUUUACAAGCAGAACUUCAUGCUGUCAGGACAGAAAUUGUGAGGUACAGAUAUAAAGAAUUAGCAGCUAGUCAAAUUCUUUCUUCUAGAGAUCAGAUUCAUCCCCAUCAUGCUGCUGCUAGUUUAGUUUCUUCUGGGAUGGUGUCUAUUGCUGCACCACCACAACCAAUUUCGACAUCACUACCGGCUGUUCCUCCAUCUUCGGUUGCAUUUUCUUCGUCUUCUUCAACUUCAACUUCUUCUUUAUAUACACCCUCGACAAACACAACGGGUUAUAGUUCCUUGUCAAGCGAGAACAUCCCGUAUUUUGAUUAAAAUUCAAUUAGACUAGCUCGUUAGCCUAUUUUUGUUUGUUAAUUUUUCCCUGCUUCAAGAAUAAUCAUGUUCGAUAGAACAACAAUUUGGGAGUUGAAAUACUUUCCCUUUCCAAAUUAUAAUUGAUAUCAGAACUGAUGAAGAAGCAUAAACUUGGAGUAUC